AUGCCUCUCAUUCUCGAUUCGCCUUCAGAUUCCUCAAUAGAGCCAGAACCAGACCUUCAGGAAGAGCGCAGAAGACUGCAUCAUGACGCGGAUGUCGUUAUCGUUGGAGCAGGUGUCCUGGGUUCGGCGCUCGCAGUGGCGUUGGCAAAUCAAGGACGAAGUGUGAUGCUGCUUGAGAGAUCUUUGAAAGAGCCUGAUCGCAUAGUUGGAGAACUUCUGCAGCCUGGAGGUGUGGAGGCAUUGACCAGGCUGGGCUUGCGACAUACGCUCGACGACAUCGACGCCGUUCCUGUCAAAGGUUAUACCGUUUGCUACUAUGACGAGCAGGUGCCCAUUAGUUAUCCUGCUCACACAGGGAAUGCGCCGCAGAGAGUGUCAGGAAAAUCAGAAGAACCGACAAGAGCAGAAGGACGAUCUUUUCAUCAUGGCCGAUUCUUAUCCAAGCUCCGCGCUGCGGCGAUGGGACAUCCCAAUGUUACAGUCUUCGAAACCGAAGUCACCUCGAUAGUCACCUCGACACAUACUUCCCAUGUUCUCGGUGUCGAAUCUCUCACUCGAAAAACACAAAAAGAUUUCUUCUUUGGCUCGUUAACUGUGAUUUGCGAUGGAUACGCAUCGAAGUUCCGGAAGUCCUACAUCCACCCCACCCCCAAAGUCAAGUCGAAAUUUUGGGGAAUGGAAUUGAUUGAUUGUCCUUUGCCUACUCCACAGCAUGGAAUUGUGGUACUCGGUGACAACUCGCCGGUCCUCCUCUAUCAGAUUGGAACACGUGAAACUCGAGUCCUGGUCGACAUUCCAGAUGGAUUGGCAUCCACAUCGACCGCCAAUGGUGGAGUAAAGGGACACCUUCAAAAGGUCGUUCUUCCUUCUUUACCAUCCGUCGUUCAGCCCUCAUUCCAAACUGCAUUGGACAAAGGGUUGCUUCGAAGCAUGCCCAAUUCUUUUCUUCCGCCAACAACAAAUAAAACCCCCGGCCUCGCUAUUCUCGGAGACGCCCUAAACAUGCGCCACCCUCUCACAGGCGGCGGCAUGACAGUCGCAUUCAACGAUGUGGUCCUCAUAUCUGAACUCCUCUCCCCUCAAAAUGUUCCCGACCUUUCCAACACGGACCUCGUCCUCAACCAAUUCAGUAAAUUCCACUGGCGACGCAAGAACCUGGCUUCAAUCAUCAACAUUCUCGCUCAAGCGCUUUACUCCCUCUUCGCCGCCGACGACUGGCAACUCAAGUACCUCCAAAAAGGAUGUUUCCGAUACUUCCAACUCGGUGGAAGAUGUAUAGACGGGCCCGCUGGUCUUUUAGGAGCCAUCAUCCGACGUCCUUUUGUCCUCUUUUAUCACUUUUUCAGCGUGGCGUUGUUGAGUAUUUGGGUCUUGAUACAGGAGAAAGGUGUGCUAAUGUUCCCUAUCAGCCUCGUGCAGGGGUUUAUGGUCUUUUGUAAGGCCUGCGAGGUCAUUUUUCCGUAUAUAUAUGCGGAGCUGAAGAGUUAA